AUGCCUCCAGAGCCCAACAAGUUCACGGCUCUCAUCACGGGCUGCUCCGAUGGCGGCCUAGGUGCAGCCCUGGCCAAAGCCCUCCACAGCAGAGGCGUCCGUGUACUAGCCACCGCUCGAGACCUCAGCAAGACCGAGUCCCUCCAGAAGCUCGAUAUCAAGUGCUUCGAGCUCGAUGUCCUCAAUGACGAGUCCAUUCAAUCCUGCCUGGCCACUGUCAAAUCCACAUGUCACAAGGGUUUGAACAUGCUUAUCAACAAUGCCGGCGGCGGCCAUUACAUGCCUUUUCUACAUCUCGAUCUCCAGAAAGCACGCGAGCUGUUCGAUGUCAACCUGUGGUCCCAUCUGGCCGUGACGCAGGCAUUCUUGCCACUGCUCAUGCAGACCGCUGCAGAGCAAGGGAUAGCCCUUCUAGUAAAUCAGACCUCCAUCUCGUCCACUCUUCGGACUCCGUACCACUCCGCCUACUCUGCGUCCAAGGCGGCCCUGGCCUCGUUUUCGGCGACGCAGCGCAUCGAGCUGCGGCCGUUUGGUAUUCGGGUGGUGGAUCUGAAGACUGGAUCGACCGAAUCGAACUUCUCGGAGAACCGGACUAAUGCACUUACUCUGCCACCUGAUAGUCCUUACAUGCCAAUCAAGGAGAAGGUCGAGAACGUCAUCAGGGGUGAUGCGACAGAGGCGUAUGCUGAGGACCAAGACAAGUGGGCCCAAAACGUUGUGGACGAUCUGCUGAGAGAGGGUGGACCACCAGCGGAGAUCUGGCGAGGUGGUGCAGCAGGUCGUGUGAAAUUGCUGCAGGGUGGCUUAGAAUCUGUUGUGCCUCCAGAUCUGGGUGACGGAGGAUUCAUGAAGCUGGGCGGGCUGGAUCUGCUGGAAGACAUGGUGAAGAAAGAGCGUGCGGAGUGA